UUCCUGAAAAGAAUGUCGUCUUUGAAUGGAACCGCACCUCCAUCAGAAUUACCUCCUUGCGCUGCAGGAUUCACCUGGGUAAUUCUAAUGAGCACCUGCCUGCCGGAUUUGGCACGCACGAGAGGCCAAUGCGUUUAUGGAUAUUACUUUAACGAAAAACUAAAAAAAUGCAUGCGCCGCAGAUAUGACAAGGAGCAGAGGCCAGGUGUUAUAAGGCAGUGGAUGACGUCUACGACCAAAAAACCGACAACUGCAAGGGGACCUUGUUUUCAACGCGAACCUUCAUACACUGGCAAAUGGUUUGGCUAUGGUUCAGGAUAUGGAAGAAAUGAAUGAAAUGAAUGUCGUUAGAAAAUGUGUUUAUUGGAUGCAGAUAAUUAUGAUUAAUAAAAUAUUUUAAUCCCAAAUA